GCAACGCAGGACCGGUCGUUAUAGAAAUCCUUGGGGGAGGCCUUUGUCCAGCAGUGAACGUCAUUUGACUGAAACGAACCAGCGAAAUUAGAGAGGGUAUCAUGCUCCUGCAGUAGAGACUGAAUGACUUAAUGAUGAUGAAGUAUGUGGAUUAAUUAUCUACUUAGUAUUUUGAUGUAUUUUCCAGGUUGUUACUUCACAAAAUACUGCAAAGAACUGGCGGAGCAGAUCGGCAUAACCGGCUGGGUGAAGAACUCCAAGAAAGGCACCAUCGUCGGCAAGAUACAAGGGAACAAAUCUGUUUUAGAUCACAUGAUCGACUGGCUGAAGACGACCGGCUCUCCUGGCUGCAAGAUUGAGAAGUGUGAGCUGACCAACUGGGAGUACCUAGCCCGGUUAGACUACACCGACUUCGGCAUACGGUUUUGAGACUCUACUUGCUUUUAAGGUCCUUAUUGCAAAACAGCGUUCAAAACUCGACACGUCCGUAUUCACAAACGAUGCUUGCUUAAGUGAAGCAGCAAAUCAAACGCACGCGUUGGCUAUUCAACGGUGCACAGGGUAUAGAGCUCUGUGAUUGGUUCGUGUGUCACUCUGUGCGUCCACGCGCACUGUGAGACCUUAUAGUAAUGU